CCACCACCACCACCACCACCGCCGCCGCCAUUACCACCACCACCACCACCACCACCACCACCACCACCACCACCACCACCACCGCCGCCGCCAUUACCACCACCACCACCACCACCACCACCGCCGCCGCCAUUACCACCACCACCACCACCACCACCACCACCACCACCACCACCACCGCCGCCGCCAUUACCACCACCACCACCACCACCACCACCACCACCACCACCACCACCGCCGCUGCCAUUACCACCACCACCACCACCACCACCACCACCACCACCACCACCGCCGCCGCCAUUACCACCACCACCACCACCACCACCACCACCACCACCACCACCACCGCCGCCAUUACCACCACCACCACCACCACCACCACCACCACCACCACCACCACCGCCGCCGCCAUUACCACCACCACCACCACCGCCGCUGCCAUUACCACCACCACCACCACCACCACCACCGCCGCCGCCAUUACCACCACCACCACCACCGCCGCCGCCACCACCACCACCACCACCACCACCACCACCACCGCCGCCACCACCACCACCA